ACUUAAAGUUACCACGACGAAGCCCUGCUGGGAAACAAUUGCCCCAUUUCGUGUGGCCAGUAUUAUUGUGUUGCUCAUACGCAAAGCACUAAGCAAGGAGUGGCCAACUAGGUGAUGCAGCAGCUGCUCCGUGGGCGGCUGUGCACCGGAGUGCGACUCCAUCGAUUGGCAUCACUCGACUCCUGGAGACUCCCCUGCAAGCCUGCUAGGUGCCUUGCAUCUCGUCCAACAGUCCUCAUGUCGGAAGAUGCAGCUGCUGAGGCUCAUGCCGUCCUGGAGGCAACUGACGACAACUAUGAUGGCAAGAUCAUCAGCCAAGCAGCGCUGCCCUCGCAGCCGGACGCCUUCGCGUCCCGCCUGCGCGCCUCGCUUGCGGCCUGGGCCGACAGCGGCCGUGUGCGGGGCGUGUGGCUGAAGCUGGGGCUGGAGCAGGCGGCGCUCAUACCCAUGGCCGUGGAGCAGGGGUUCGUGUUCCACCAUGCGGAGCCGGAGUACUUGAUGAUGACUCGCUGGCUGCCCGACACGCCCUCCACGCUGCCCGCCAACGCCUCACACCAGGUGGGCGUGGGCGCCUUCGUGGUCAACAGCAGCGGCCAGGUGCUGGUGGUGCAGGAGCGCAGCGGCGUGCUGCGGGGCCGCGGCGUGUGGAAGAUGCCCACAGGGCUGGUGGCGGCGGGGGAGGACCUCACGGCGGCGGCGGAGAGGGAGCUGCUGGAGGAGACGGGCAUCACGGCGCGGGUGGAGUCGGUGCUGGCGCUGCGGCAGGCACACGGCUUUGCAUUCGGCAAGUCCGACCUGUUCGUGGUGCUGGGCAUGAGGCCCGUGCCGGACGUGCAGGUGCCUGUGCCCUGCCCGUCGGAGCUGGAGGACGCCCGCUGGGUGCCGCUGCAUGAGUACACCGACCAGCAGUUCUUUGCGGGCAUGCCGCUGUACAGCAAGCUGCUGCAGAGGUGCGCCGCCUGGGCCGCGGGGCGCUACAGCGGUCUGCGGGCGGAGCGGCUGGAGAGCAACGUCACGCGGAGCCGCAGCGACCUGCUGCUGUGGGGCGAGGAUGACGUGGCACUGGCGGAGGCGCGGGCGGCACUGCUGGAGCAGCAGGGGGGAGGCAAGGGGGCGGCAGGGAAUGGGGAUGGGAAUGGGAAGGCGGGGAAGGCGGAGGAGGGCGCGAGCGGCAGCCGGUUGUGAUGAGGGCAGGAGGCGGGAGGCGGAGGAGUGGUGGGAGGAGGGAGGCUGAGAGGCGCGUGGGUGGGUGAGGAAUGAGUGAGGAGUAUGGGAGGAGGGGGGCGUGCGGAGUUUUGGGUGGAUGAGAGUGGAAGAGAAAGGGAUAAGCGUGCGCAGGAGAGUGCGUGCAAGAGAGAGAGAGAGAGCGAUAAGAGUGAUGUGCAUGUGAGCGCAUGGUGUGAGCGUCCAAGCCGUGUACGCGUUGAGCGAGUGUGCCGGUCGCAGAAUCUGAAGCGAGCGAAAUGUUAGCCAUCCUGUGCGUGUGGUGUUGAGCUGUGAUUCAACAGGCGUGCACGUUAAUGACGAGUGUUGCGGAAACGAUACGUAUCGCGCAGCAGGGACCAGGGCGCGGGGGUCCGAAUAUGGAUGAGCGAGCCACGCGAUAAAUGCAUGGUGCAUGUGCGUAAUUUGGUUUUGGUGUGCGAACAACGCCAUGGCGUAAACCAACCUGUCACGUUUUGCGGCUGUUCUGUCUGAUGCUCGUACCCUUCAACAUGUGUGGCUGGGCGUGUGGCAGUGGAAACCCCAGCAGUACGAUAGUGCGCCGGCAGCAUGUAUUGUUACACCUCAGUGCUGCUCAGUUCGCCUGCAUUUCAUGCCAGACUAC